CCAUUCGGCUACCAAGAUGCCUUACGGAAUAGGCGUCCCCUUAUUUUCUCUACUUUUUAUAUUAUUUUAGUUAUUUCAAAAUGCAAGCAACAGAGCAACAAGUUGGCUCAACUUGCUCAAAAUGUCCAAGAUGUGAUAAAUUUUUGGGAUCUUUGGCUCUCAAUUUUGCAAUAA